AUGAAGAUUCUUACGAAAGAAGAGGAGCAGGCGCAUUAUAAUGCGACUGUCAAGGGUGGAACCAUUGGUGGUCUUAUCGGUACGGCGAUAGGCACUGCUGCGGUCGUGGGCGCAAGCAGAAGAUAUGCCAGCUUCAGAUCGCUCUCGGUACCGUUCCGAGCUUUCCUUGUCACAUCCUCGGGCUCCUUCGUCGCCGUCAUCGCUGCCGACCGCGCCUCUAACCAAUUCGACAUCGAGCACAACCCCGAAAAACAGCGCGAAAUCGAGCGCGAGCGCCACCGCGAAGAACUUUACAAUGCAAACAAGUCGGCCAUGCAGCGCGCGAAGGAAUGGGCGUCCGAGAACCGAUACCCUCUCCUCUUCGGCUUCUGGGUCGCCUCCAUGGCGGGGUCGUGGAUUGCUGUGAACCGUAGUCCGAUGAGCGCCUCACAGAAGCUUGUCCAAGCGCGUAUGUACGCGCAAGGACUGACGCUUUCAGCCCUGCUUGCAAGUUUCGCGUUUGAAGGGAACGAUGCUGCGAAGGGCAAGGGAAGAUGGGAGACGAUUAAGGUGCUGGAUCCCAAUGAUCCAGAACAUAAGCAUAUGAUUGAGAAGAAGAUACAUCACGAGCGGUAUGCGGGUGAAGACCAGUGGAGAGGUACGUUUUCUGGAUCCUGGGACAUGUCAUGCUUCGUCAUGCUGCGAACCAACGUGCAACGCUCGGCAAUAUGA